GGCUACCACCGUGCAGCUAGACCAGUGCUUUACAAAACCCACGGCGCAAUCGUCAAACUGCUGGUGGUGUGGCAUUGGGAGAUGAGGAUUGAGCAGGAGGCAGUAUGUCUGACGAGAUGCUGUGUGGGCGAAGCAAGAACACGGCGAGCCUUGACAUCAACAUCUGCUCCAUCUGCCGCUUCUGCCACCGCGACGCACACAACACGGCAAGAGAGACAGCCCCAAUGAUAAGACAGUGGACAUCUUCCCAUGGCCAAGGUGAAGCCAAGAAACCCCUACAGGUCAAGGAGGUCGCCAACUGGGUGCGGAACUCAAAUUUUUCCCACACAAAGUACCUCAACUCUCCAGCUCUGAGAAAGCAUGUGUUAGGCCUCGGAGCAGCAACUAUGAAUAACACAGCUUCCCCUGUGCCGCGGUCUCUAAGCAACCGUCCAGCUGUACUACGGGCUCCAAUGAAGGACAAAAGUGUGAGCCAAGCGCGUUGUCUAAAACAUUAUGGACACAGUAAACUGACUGGGUAGCAGCAGCGCCUACUCUGUCGUCUGAACACCACACCCCCUGCUACUUGCGCACACAGCGGAGCGCGCCACCAGUGACCAGAUUUACAGAUCGCCCAAUGGACACGCUUUAAAAAAAAAUCACGAAAGUUUUGAUUGGGACGAAGGACGCUUCACAAACGGAAACAGUUUGACACUCAACUUUGUAGGAAGAGACUGUGGAGAAUAACAUUAUCUUGUUAUCUUGUCCUUUUUCACUUCUGGAUUUAGGAAACACUCCGAUCACAUACCGACCGUGCAUAUCAGUCCGUCAUCGCGCUGACAAAGGAGUACUCGGGCAUACGGAGCUGAAGUAAGGGACAUUACGAGCACCAAGAACUUGUAAAAAGGGAGAGAAAAGGGGGGCUGGUGGCAGAGGAUGGAGGCCCUGCUUCCUGUUCUGAGGGGGUACCCAAUCCCCUCAGUACUGGUGUGCGCGCUCCUCUUCAGGGUUGUCGACCAGCUCCUCCAAAAGCUGCCCGUGCCCAAAGUGGUCCAACAGGACAAGUUUCAUUCUUGGAGGUGGAGGAACCUUUCUGUGUCCAUGGUACAUUCACUGAUCACUGGCACAUGGGCCGUGACCUGUGCGGUGGUGUGGCCUGAGACGCUGCAGGACCUCCAUCUGUACCAAACUCCACUGUCCUACCUGCUCGUCUGUGUGUCAACAGGAUACUUUAUGCAAGAUGCAUGUGACAUCAUUUACAGGGGACAUGCCCGGGGUUCAUGGGAAUUCCUCUUGCACCAUGUACUGGUGCUGAGCUGUUUCUUGUAUGCGCUGUGCACUCAGAAGUAUGUAAAUGGGGCAGUUGUGGCUCUUUUUGUGGAGGUCAACAGUGUCACACUACAUCUGCGUCUGUUGUUGAAGCUGGCCGGAGCUCAGUCCACUCCCCUCUAUCACAUCAACAAAGUGGUCAAUAUUGUCACAUAUGUGAUUUUCCGACUGUUUACCCAGUUCUACCUCACUUGGUUCAUUCUCCACAACUACGCCAAGUUAGACCAUGCCGGGUUUUUUUUCUUUUGUAUGAUGCUCAUGAAUAUUAUGAUAGGCAUAUACUUGUACCGCCUGAUCCGCUCUGACUUCUUUAUUCGAAGAAAGAGUAACAUCACAGAAAAUGGGACUCACAACAACAAUUCUAGAAAGUUUCUUACAGAUUAAAUAUCCAGGAUACAAAUUACUGGAAAAAUCUUUUUUUAUAUGAACUCUUUUUUUAUAGGAACUUUCAUGUUAAUGAUCAUGUCACCCUUCUUAGAGCUCGCACUUGAUGGAUUGAUCCUUUUAAGAUGUAUUACAGCAGCUUGUUAGUGUGUGCAUACUGUUUUUAUGGCUUUAAAAUUAUUUUUCACAUUUUCCAAAAACCGUUGAGCCAAACAUUUUCAAAGCUAAUGCCAAAGCCAUUGCCAAUUCUUUACAGACCAACAACCAUAUUCUAAUAGAAAACUAAGCCCCAAACAUUAAAAUGUUCUGAUCUAAUAUUUGUAUUCACAUGCGUGUGUCUGUGUCUCUAUAAUGCCAUGUGUGGUGGAGGAGAUUUUCUGCAUGGUUAUACAAAUAUCAGUGCAGGUGGCCACAGACCUCAAAAUGGGUUUGCAUUGGGCAACAUCCAGGGUUGAAGGUGCUAAACAUUAAAAACCAGGCUGCACAGUCAUUAUGGUAUUGAUACCCUAUUCUAAAAAUUGAUAAGUAAAUUUUGCCAUAGUUUUUAAACUAUCUGCUUCAAUAAAGUGAAAACAUGUGCCUGUA